CGCACUUGCGCUCGACUUUUCUUCCUCCUCCUCCCCUUGCCUGCCCAGACACUGCGGUCUCCCCGGUAAAGACCAGGACCAACUUCAGUCUCCGUCUCUCUCCAUUGUCUCUUCGUACGGCCCCGUGGCCCUCCAUCUCCCCCUCUCCCCUCCGUUUCCAGUUUCCCGAUCCGACGAAGUACUUCCCCGCAAUGGAGUCCGAGGCUUUUGAGGACAUGCAAAAGGGCGGCGAUAGCCUCCGCAUGGUCAAGGACCUGUCCGCCGGCGCUGCGGGUGGAAUUGCCCAGGUGCUUCUUGGACAACCUUUUGAUAUCGUCAAGGUGCGCCUGCAGACGACGACCCAGUACUCCAAUGCGCUGGACUGCGCCAGCAAGAUCUUGAAGAAUGAGGGCCCUCUCGCCUUCUACAAGGGUACUCUGACCCCGUUGAUCGGAAUCGGUGCCUGCGUCAGUGUGCAAUUCGGCGCGUUCCACGAAGCCCGCAGACGUCUCGAGCAGCUCAACAAGAAGAAAUACGCCGACAGCACCCUCUCCUACACCCAGUACUUCAUGGCCGGUAGUAUCGCCGGUCUCACCAACUCCGUGCUGUCGGGUCCCAUCGAGCACGUCCGUAUCCGCCUGCAGACCCAGCCCCACGGCGCCGACCGCCUCUACACCGGGCCCAUCGACUGCAUCCGCAAGCUCUGCAACCAGGGCGGCGUCCUCAAGGGUCUCUUCCGCGGCCAGAACGUCACCUACUUCCGUGAGGCCCAGGCCUACGGUACCUGGUUCUUGGCCUUCGAGUACCUGAUGAACCAGGAUGCCAAGCGCAACAACAUCAAGCGCGAGGACAUCUCCAGCUUGAAGGUCGCCACCUACGGUGGUCUGGCCGGUGAGGCCCUCUGGCUGAGCAGCUACCCCUUCGACGUCGUCAAGAGUAAGAUGCAGUGCGACGGCUUCGGUGCCCAGCAGCAGUUCAAGAGCAUGACCGAUUGCUUCAAGAAGACCUACGCCGCCGAGGGUUUUGCCGGCUUCUGGAAGGGUAUCGGACCCACUCUUCUUAGGGCUAUGCCUGUGUCCGCGGGUACUUUUGCUGUCGUCGAGCUCACCAUGAGAGCCCUGGGUUAAAUCAAGUAUCCUGGAAAGAAAAAAAAUAAAAGCAGAACCUAAUACCCAUCAUCAUCAUUAUCAUCAUCAUCAUCAUCAUCAUCAUCAUCAUCAUCACGUCUACGCAUUCCCGAGUCGGCGGUGUUUUCUCUCUGGGUUCGUCUAUACAUUCAACAGGUGCUGGAGGGAAAUUUUGCACAAUAGACUUCAUUCUUCUUUCUUGAUUGUUCCUUUUUUUUUUCUGUGCGGUUUUAUAGAGUUCGACCCCCGCCAAUCUGUGGUUUUGGUUUUUCAACAUUUGGCCAAUGAUCCAUGAAUAUGAUACACCUUCCUCUUCCUCUUCUUCAUGUCUGAUGAUCUCUAGCCUUUUUUUCAUUUCUACUUCCCUUUGGAGUGCAGUUCAGGUGUAUAUCCCAUCCACCCCACUGUGACCAUCUAUCUAUCGUCUGGAUACGAACGAAAUAGAAGUGGAAAUAGAAAUAGAAACAGAG